CUUUCAAUUUGAUCCUUUCUCGUUUAUCCCACUUCCUUGCUUUCUCUUUUGUUGGAUUUUGAAGGAAUAAUCCUAUGCUGAAUCGUUGGAUUUCUCUUCGGAAACUCUGAUCAGUUGGAUUACUCUCCGUUGAAGGAUGCCGCCGUCGUCAAGAAAGGAGCACUAAUCGGAAAGCAAACAGAAAAACUAGAAUGCGAACGAUUUGCGACGUCUGCGAGAGCGCAGCCGCGAUCAUUUUCUGCGCCGCCGACGAGGCUGCUCUCUGCCGUUCCUGCGACGAAAAGGUUCACAUGUGUAACAAACUUGCAAGCAGACAUGUCAGAGUUGGGUUAGCCGACCCCAGCAUUGUCCCACGCUGUGAUAUAUGUGAAAAUGCACCUGCUUUCUUUUACUGUGAAGUAGAUGGUAGUUCCCUUUGCUUGCAAUGUGAUAUGAUUGUACAUGUUGGAGGUAAAAGGACCCAUGGGAGAUAUCUCUUGUUGAGGCAGAGAGUUGAGUUUCCAGGGGAUAAGCCUGGUAGUUUGGAGGAACUGGGGUUGCCAUCACUCAAUCCGAAUGAUGUAAGGAAGAAUCAGAAUCAACAGCCUAAGGUUGUAGCAAGAGAGAACCCGCAAAAUCAUCAAUUCUCUCCUGUUCCAUUGCUUUAUGGUAAUGCUGGGGGUGAUGGAAAGGUAGGGAAUGAAUUGUUUGAUCUGAAUGCCAAGCCCCAACGGAUGCAUGGGCAAGCUUCGACCAAUCAGGAGCAAGCCAUGGAUGUUUCAAGUGGCAAUAAUCAUGACUCUACAAGUGUGGUCCCUGGUGGAUCCUUCAAAAGGGAGCCUGAAAAAUGACCGAGAUAUAGAUGGAUCAGUUCUCUGUCAUCUAUGUCUUUACCAAGUGAAGGGCAUGCAUUUGUUUAGAUUUGUCUUCCUUCCCCAUGGAUUAGUCUCUUUCUAUUCAAUUUCUUACACAAAUGAGAACUUUUGAUGGUAACUUUUAUCCAUGUACCAAAAUCAACAUUCUUGCCUAACAGGAGUUGUUAAGUUGUGACAUUUAUGAAUUUGUUCCAAUGGCCAACAAUACAUCUUUUGUGUA